CGACCAGAGAGCGUGCUGCAGCGCAUCGAAGCGGUGGCGCGCGAGCAGCAUCCAUCUGGAGACCCGCGUUCCGAUAUGUUGCUCCACCUGAUACAGUUUAAUUUCACUAGAGGCCAGCUGCAGACUAUGCAGAUUCUUGGUCUGACCUCAGAGCACAUGGACGAUGAUGCCAUCUCGUUCUUCAACUUACCGGGACCAUGGCCACACGAGAUGGAGCAGGCGCUUCCCGCCAGUCUUCAACCUACUCUCGUGCAGCGCACCGUUGUCCAUCAUCCGUGGCUUGACCUGCUUCCCCACCCCGCGAUGCGCGACAAUCUGAUUCUGGCCGGAGAGUCGUACGACGAAAGCAAGCUUUGCCUGGCUAUGAAAGGGCUUGGCAGCGUGCACGGGGAGUAUUCGGGGAUCAUCAUCUGGAGCGACCCGUGGGAUCCCAGCGGGUGGGAGAUCACUGAGCCGUUCUCUCGCUCCUGGGAAUGGGUGCUCCGGGGCUGCUGGGAAAUCUUUCACUCGACCAACGCCUGGAGAGCACGUCGCAAUGAGGAGCCGCUUUUUCAUGUCGCACAAAGUUAA